CAGAGUCGAUCCAGCUCUGGGCCGCGGGGAGAGGUUCUCCGCAGAGCAGACAAAGCCCGCAGCCGCGAUGCGGGGAGAGCCCGGCUCUGCGCGCAGUGGGGGCCAGGAUGGGGUGUCUGGCUGGAGUGUGGGACCCCCAGGAAAAAGACGGGGUCCCCUCAUUCCCAAGCGGCAAGCCAUCUCCCCUCAUACCCAACCGCCCCCCAGUCUCGGAGAUCUGAGGGGCACCGACUGGGAGGACCUAUUAGAGCCUUUCCCCGGACGCCGGUGACUCAGUGUUCGCGGGAGCGCCGCAGCCUGUCCAGCCAACCCGGAUCCCAGGUCCGACAGCGCCCGGCCGCGGUCCCCACGCCUGCCAGGAGCGAGCCGAGAGCCUGCGGGCCGGCGCGCUCCAACCCCGCGCCGUCUCUAUCCUUCGGCCCGAGCUCCGUGCCCUUCCCGGGACCCCUGCCCUGCGGGCAGCGCUGCCACCCUGCCGGCCAUGGAGACCCCGUCCCAGCGGCGCGCCACCCGCAGUGGGGCGCAGACCAGCUCCACUCCGCUGUCGCCCACCCGAAUCACCCGGCUGCAGGAGAAGGAGGACCUGCAGGAGCUCAAUGACCGCUUGGCAGUCUACAUCGACCGGGUGCGCUCGCUGGAGACGGAGAACGCAGGUCUGCGCCUUCGCAUCACCGAGUCUGAGGAGGUGGUCAGCCGCGAGGUGUCCGGCAUCAAGGCCGCCUAUGAGGCCGAGCUCGGCGAUGCCCGCAAAACCCUCGACUCGGUGGCCAAGGAGCGUGCCCGCCUGCAGCUGGAGCUGAGCAAAGUGCGAGAAGAGUUUAAGGAGCUCAAAGCGCGCAAUACCAAAAAGGAAGGAGACUUGAUGGCUGCCCAGGCCCGGCUCAAGGACCUGGAGGCUCUGCUCAACUCCAAAGAGGCUGCACUGAGCACUGCUCUCAGUGAGAAGCGCACGCUGGAGGGUGAGCUGCACGACCUGCGGGGUCAAGUGGCCAAGCUGGAGGCAGCCCUAGGUGAGGCCAAGAAACAACUUCAGGAUGAGAUGCUGCGGCGGGUAGAUGCUGAGAACAGGCUGCAGACCCUGAAGGAGGAACUGGACUUCCAGAAGAAUAUCUACAGCGAGGAGCUGCGUGAGACCAAGCGCCGCCAUGAGACCCGGCUGGUGGAGAUUGAUAACGGGAAGCAGCGAGAGUUUGAGAGCCGGCUGUCAGAUGCCCUGCAGGAGCUGCGGGCCCAACAUGAGGACCAGGUGGAACAGUACAAGAAGGAGCUGGAGAAGACCUAUUCUGCUAAGCUGGAUAAUGCCAGGCAAUCAGCCGAGAGGAACAGCAACCUGGUGGGGGCCGCGCAUGAGGAGCUGCAGCAGUCCCGAAUUCGCAUCGACAGCCUCUCAGCUCAGCUCAGCCAGCUGCAGAAGCAGCUGACAGCUAAGGAAGCGAAGCUGCGGGACCUGGAGGAUUCACUGUCCCGUGAGCGGGACACCAGCCGGCGGCUACUGGCCGAGAAGGAGCGGGAGAUGGCAGAUAUGCGGGCAAGGAUGCAGCAGCAGCUGGACGAGUACCAGGAGCUGCUGGACAUCAAGCUGGCGCUGGACAUGGAGAUCCACGCCUACCGCAAACUCCUGGAGGGCGAGGAGGAGAGGCUACGCCUGUCCCCCAGCCCCACCUCGCAGCGCAGCCGCGGCCGCGCCUCCUCGCACUCGUCCCAGACACAGGGCGGGGGCAGCAUCACCAAGAAGCGCAAGCUGGAGUCGUCGGAGAGCCGCAGCAGCUUCUCGCAGCACGCUCGCACCAGCGGGCGCGUGGCCGUGGAGGAGGUCGAUGAGGAAGGCAAGUUCGUGCGGCUGCGCAACAAGUCCAAUGAGGACCAGUCCAUGGGCAACUGGCAGAUCAAGCGCCAGAAUGGAGAUGAUCCCCUGCUGACCUACCGCUUCCCACCAAAGUUCACCCUGAAGGCUGGGCAGGUGGUGACGAUCUGGGCUGCAGGAGCGGGGGCCACCCAUAGCCCCCCUACCGACUUGGUGUGGAAGGCACAGAACACCUGGGGCUGUGGAAACAGCCUGCGCACGGCUCUCAUCAACUCCACUGGGGAGGAGGUAGCCAUGCGCAAGCUGGUGCGCUCAGUGACUGUGGUCGAUGAUGAUGACGAUGAGGACGGAGAUGACCUGAUCCAUCACCACCACGGAUCCCACUGCAGCAGCUCGGGGGACCCAGCUGAGUACAACCUGCGCUCUCGCACUGUGCUGUGCGGGACUUGCGGGCAGCCCGCCGAUAAGGCGUCUGCCAGCGGCUCAGGAGCCCAGGUGGGCGGAUCCAUCUCCUCUGGCUCUUCUGCCUCCAGUGUCACAGUCACUCGCAGCUACCGCAGUGUGGGGGGCAGUGGGGGUGGCAGCUUCGGGGACAACCUGGUCACCCGCUCCUACCUCCUGGGCAACUCCAGUCGCCGAACCCAGAACCCCCAGAACUGCAGCAUCAUGUAAUCUGGGACCUGCCAGGCAGAGGUGGGGACGCAGGCCUCCUGCUUCCUCCUCACCUCAUGGCCAUCCCAUCCCUGCACCUCAUGGGAUGGGGCUUGAAGCCAAAGAAAAAUGCCCCUUUGGUUUUUUUCUUCUAUGUGUUUUUUUCUAAGAGAAAUUAUUUUCUACAGUGGUUUUAUACUGAAGGAAGAACACAAGCAAAAAAAAAAAAAAGCAUAUAUCUCAGUUUGUCCUUCAUUUCCCCAGCUUUCAGGAAACUCCAUAUCUGCCUUAAAACCAAAGAGAGCUCCUCUAGGAGCCAAGGGAUGGGGGUGCUUUUACAGAGCUGAGUUCCUGCUUUUCUGCCCUGCCUGCAGCCCCCACCCCGGGACCCCAUGAACAUGGUGCCUGAGAGGCAGGUGCAG